AUGGCCAGAGAUAUGCUGCAAUUUCCAUCCGAGCACCGGGCAUUCCUCGAGCCUCACCUCCCCCCAAGAGACCUCCCACCAAUCUCCAACUCUCUCCCCUUCACAACCGUCACAUUCGCAACCUCCCUCGAUUCGCAACUCGCUCUCUCACCCGGCGCACCAACCCAACUGUCCGGGCCUCAAUCGAAGGCAAUGACCCAUUAUCUGCGCUCUCGAUACGAUGCUAUUUUAAUUGGCGUUGGCACUGCAGCUGCGGAUAACCCAAGUCUGAAUUGUCGAAUUGAGGGAGUGGGUGGGUAUGGCGGGGAAGGACUGGACGGCCAGCCUCGUCCGAUUGUCAUUGACCCUUCUGCGCGUUGGGAUUUCAUUGCGAACCACAAGAUUUUCCGGUUGGCGAGGGAUGGGAGAGGAAGAGCGCCGUAUAUUAUUACUGGAGAGGCAUCUCCGCCUGUUGAUAAGAAAGCUAUCUUGGAAGAGGCUGGAGGCGAGUAUAUCACGGUGGACAUGCCCAAUACCGGUGCCAAUGGCCAUAAAAUGGAUUGGAGGGAUAUAUUGAAUGCUUUAAGUGCAAAGGGUUUAAGAAGUGUUAUGAUUGAAGGUGGUGGGUCUGUCAUCAAUUCAUUGCUGCAACCCGAGUACUUUUCCAUCAUCAAUUCUGUCAUUGUUACCAUCGCUCCCACCUGGUUAGGCACCGGAGGCGUGGUUGUGUCUCCGCCCAGACGUUUCAAUGGCGAAGGAAACCCAAUGGCUGCCGUACGACUGGAUCACGUUCAAUGGAACCCGCUAGGAGAGGAUGUGGUCUUAUGUGGAAAGAUGAAGAUAUGAGAGCACAUCAAGGCUGAGUUGUCAAUAGCGAUUACUUGCACGACGAGUCUAUUGGCCUUUGACAUUCCAACCAAUCCUUUGAUCUUCACGCCUGUGGACUUUUGUUUCCAAAAUGACGGCGCCAGUAAGCAAGAAGUACAGGUGACGGGCCAGCCUCCCCUAUCACCAUAAGCUAAAGAAUAAGGCAAGAACUGCCCAGGAUGUGACAUCUACUCAGUGAUCAGAUUCGAGGUUCGAAUCUGCUGCAUAGCUAGAUCGGAAGUUGCUUGAAUCUGUUUCCAUCGGACUUCGCUCCAUUGGGGUUAGUUAACCAACUGCAGUGUGAACCAACUACAGGGCCAACCAACACUAUGCUUAGCCAAUCCGACCACUCAAUUUGAUAUCUUUCUGGGGUUUACAUCCCCACUAGAGAUGAAAUCCCAUGAUAAGAAGUAAACAUCCAUUCUCCAUUGCCUUUUUUCCAACACUCUUCUUUUUUUCUUCAGAAGUAAGGUCACAAUUGUUUCUCAAACUAUCGUUAUGGCUAUGCUUCCACUCAUGGAAGCUGUACUGGCGUGUCUUCUAUUGAUCAUAACUCAAGCUUUUCGCAGGCUCUACUUUCAUCCUUUAGCCCAUAUUCCAGGACCAAAACUUGCCGCCCUUACCUGGUGGUACGAGUUCUAUUUUGAUGGCAUCAAAGGAGGCAAAUACGUCUUCAAGAUCCAAGAGCUUCAUACGCAAUAUGGUAAGUCCCCAAUGAAUUAUUCCGGUGUUCCCGAAUAAGCUCAGUGUAACCGUCACCCAGGUCCUAUUAUUCGUGUCACUCCAGAUGAAAUCCACGUGAAUGACGUUGGCUUUCUGGACGAUGUGUACGCACCAUCAACGGUUCGAAGGGAUAAGUAUAGUUAUCAAUCGAAAUCUCUACGUGUCCCUGGUGGUGUGGGUGCCACAGCGGGCUUUGAUCUCCAUAAGAAGCGACGCGAUGCACUCACUCCGUUUCUCAGCAAGCGAAAUGUAACAUUUCUGGAACCUCUUAUCACUAAGAAGGUUAACCAGUUAUGCGACGUGAUCCAAAAGCAUGCAGAUACGAGUACUCCGGUCAACCUCUCUGAUGUAUUCUUUGCUUUUUCUAACGAGUAAGAGUCUCCGGUUCAUCAAGAUACAAAAAACUGAUUACUUUAGUGUGGUCGUGAACUUUUUGUUUGCCCAUGAAGUCAAUCUCCUUGCAGACAUAGAGCUCGCGGCGAAACAACGGCGAAAUAGCAAUGAGCUCUUGCUUGGUAUCAAUAUGAACAAACACUUCCCAUGGAUCCCCGAUUUCCUCGAGGCUCUACCGCUGUUCAUCAGCAAGCCAAUCAUGCCACCGGGACUGAUCGAUAUGCUGGACUUGUUUGAUGUUAGUUGGCUGCAAUCUUUCUGUGUUGUUGACUGUUUCUAACAAAAAUAUGCAGAGAGUUCGAGCUGAGCUACUUGAGAUCAUAAAGAACAAAGCCUCUUCGACUCCUGGUGAAAAGAGCAACGGUCCAACUGGCAAGUAAUCUGUAUAUGACUCUGUCCUCGACAACCCUAACUUACCAGCGUCCGAGAAAUCACUUCUGCGUUUAGAGCAAGAAGGCGCGCUUCUUGUUCUGGCAGGUACGGAAUCACCUGCAAAGACACUAAACACGAUUUUCUACCACAUCCUAGCCAACCCGACGAUUUUCGCCAGACUUCGCGCGGAAAUAAAUACACUUCGCAGGACCGCAACCUGGACCCAGCUCGAACAACUCCCUUAUCUGUCAGCCGUCAUCGAAGAAGGAAAUCGAUUAUCCUUCGGCGUCACCGCGAGAGAAGCAAGAAUUUCUCACGAACCACUGACCUACACUCCCUCCGUACAUGCCUCCAUCCCCCCUCAAGCACCAAAAGAUCCUUCCUCAUACCCCCCGGUACACCCAUCAGCAUCACCACUUUGAGCGCUCACACCGCGCCAACCGUCUUCCCCAACCCAUUUAUCUUUGACCCCGAGCGUUGGCUCGGCGAAAAAGGACGCGAGAGGAGGAAAUUCCAGUUCGCGUUCAAUAAAGGGGGCAGAAAGUGUUUGGGCAUUGAGUUGGCAAGGGCGGAAUUGUAUCUGGUUACUGCGGCUCUUGUGAGGGGGUUUGAGAUGAGUCUUUGGAAGACGGAGGAGGGGGAUGUGGGGUUUGAGAGGGAUUUUCAGGUUGCGAUGC